UCCAUCGGCGAGAGUAGCGCGUGCGCGGUUGAAGCUGGCAGAGGCCUUAGAGGUCCAAAACGCUUGUUUGCACCCCGUGUUCCUCUCCUUGAGGCAAUUGUGCCCCCUGGGAGGACGGGAAGAUGAGUAGCUCUGAGGAAGUAUCCUGGAUUUCCUGGUUCUGUGGCUUGCGUGGCAAUGAGUUCUUCUGUGAGGUGGAUGAGGACUACAUCCAAGACAAGUUCAACUUAACUGGUCUCAAUGAGCAAGUUCCUCACUACCGCCAGGCCUUGGAUAUGAUUCUUGAUUUAGAACCAGAUGAGGAGCUUGAGGACAAUCCUAACCAGAGUGACUUGAUUGAACAGGCAGCUGAAAUGCUCUAUGGGCUCAUCCAUGCUCGCUACAUCCUCACAAACCGUGGCAUUGCUCAAAUGCUUGAAAAAUACCAGCAAGGAGACUUCGGCUACUGUCCUCGAGUUUAUUGUGAGAACCAGCCUAUGCUGCCCAUUGGCUUAUCUGAUAUCCCAGGGGAGGCCAUGGUCAAACUAUACUGCCCUAAGUGCAUGGAUGUCUACACCCCCAAAUCUUCCCGUCACCAUCAUACAGAUGGGGCCUAUUUUGGGACUGGCUUCCCUCACAUGUUGUUUAUGGUGCACCCCGAGUAUCGGCCGAAGCGGCCAGCCAACCAGUUUGUGCCCAGACUUUAUGGAUUCAAGAUCCACCCUAUGGCUUACCAGCUGCAGCUUCAGGCCGCCAGCAAUUUCAAGAGCCCAGUCAAAACUAUCCGUUGAUCUUCUGCGUCCAGGUGCCCAGGGCCCUUCCCCAGUCAGGGCUGCUCAUUCUUUGAUUUUGGUGAUGUCCCCUGUGGACUAUUCUUUGUCACCCCCCAGCCUGAUUUUUAGUCUCAUUUCUGGUGUGUGGUUUAAAUUAAUAAUAAACAAUUUCUGUUACUUCCCAGAAACACAGACUGUGACAGACAAAUUCAGUAACCAACUUGAAUGUCAUAAUUUUGUGGGGAUUUUUUUCUUUUUAAAAAAUAAAAUACAUUAAAAAUGUAAAA